AUGACUGAUAUGGUUAUAUUAAAUGUCAUGUCUCCUCCAUGGCUAAGUCAUGCUUCUGUAAAUGCAACUGUAAAUGCAAUGGCUCACGAACACAGCUCACUAUGGUGGCCCGAGGAGCGCAUCAAAUCAACCCUUAAUGAAAAAUACAUCCACAGUCGUCUACGACCAGAAAAUAUCCCCCGUCUCUUCGAAUUACCAGACUGGGGCGAAGGACUGACAAGCGGUACAUACAUAGAAUGGAUCCUCACCAAAGCCAGCCGCGUCUUUAUGAUCCUCGACGCUAUCGGCAUUCCCGAUCGAAUCUUCGCCCUGGUCGAUGAAUCAUGCGACGAUGACGAUCUACCCGUCGCCCAACAUAGUGUCGAUCUACUCCACCUAUCCCCGGACGGAGAAGACCUCGCCCUCGAAACGAGCUUCUUCCAUGCCCAAUGGCGCUUCCUAGUCCGUGGUAUAGCAGAGGGAGACCAUGUCGUCUAUACCGAGAACGAAGGCGUUCCAGUCGAAGCCGUUCGCACAAACACCAGCGGAAUACACGGACGCGAUGACACCGUAGAUAGGGUUAUCCUCGCCAGCUCAGUCUGUCGCGUCUACAUGCGAACCCAAGUGCAAGUCGGCGGCGCGCCGUAUUUCUUCUCGGCGGACGAAGUCCUCACUGAAAUCCGCAAUCUAAAAUCAUUAUCCCAUGAACAUAUCGUCUCCGUCUACGCCUCGUAUCUGAAAGACGACAGCGUCUCGGUACUUUUCACAGGCGCCACCGCAGAUCGAAGCCUCCACAGCUUCCUGACAGACGAGCCGGUAUCUUUCAAACGAGACAAAGAUAAACGUCGUCAGAUCUUGAUCACAUGGCCACACUGUCUUGCAUCGGCGCUCUGCUGGCUACACGCACGCGGACAUUCCCACGGCGCAAUCCGUCCAUCUAACAUCUUCAUCGAUGCAAACUUCCAUAUCUAUCUCGGUCAAUUCCAAGCACUAGACUCCCUCCUACCCCUACCACAUGUCAACGACCUCGAGACAUAUAAUUACUCUGCGCCGGAGCGCUGGAUAUCCACAGCGCCGGUUAUCCAGAAGCAACAACCAAAGAACCUCAACCCGAACCAAAGGUCUACCAAAUUCACCAUCGCAUUUCUCUCUCGCUUUCUCAUCCUCUUCAUCCUCAGCAACAUCCUCAGCAUCUUCAAUCCAUACAGAACCAACACCAAGAAAACACCGUCUCACAUCUUUCUGGUCGCGAACGAAACCCCCAAGACCACCAUCGAUAAUCUCUACAUCUUCCUCAUCAACGCAAUCCACAAUCCCUCCUACAUCCAACCCCCACAACUCCCCGAAAUCCAUACCAAUCCCCUUGAAUCCAAAUGCCCCAGCAGAUAUAUUCUCCCUCGCAGCAAUAACAUUGGACAUCCUGACAACCCUCCAUAA